CAGAAACACACAGAGAGAGAGAGAGAGAGAGAGGAAGCCGUGAAAUCUCCUCAAGUGUCAUCCUCGACGUUUCUUUUUUUCCUCCCCCCACGCAGAUACCCCUCCACCCUGUCGGAGCUAGGUUAACACUCGAUAAGUCGGCCGCAGUCAUGUACGUGAGGGUGGUGUUUCUCGCAGUGGUUGUAGCUCUGGCUGGCGCAUCAGCCGCGACAAACUCAGAUGACUGCUCCAGUCUGGCAUGCGAUGCAUGUGGAGCCAAUCCUGACUGCCAAUGGGUUAAUUGCACAUCAAUGGUUGGCUGUCACAACAUGACUCUUCUGGGAAACAACGAUACCUGUGUCAAUGUCAGCUGCACAGCUUCCUCCACAGUUGCCCCACAUUCAACUGCCUCUGUGACUACUCCCCCUCCCAUUACAACCUCCUCUUCUACCCUUACCACCUCUAACAGCAGCACCUCAGGCAACACCACUAUUCCCACUGCCGCCCCGACUCACAGUGGUAACACCACUGCUACUAUUUCAACCUCGACUUCUGCUGGAACUAACACAAGUACCACACUGGUUACCCCGACUGCUCUGCCUCACAAGAACACCUUCGACGCUGCGAGCUUCAUUGGUGGAAUAGUUCUGGUCCUGGGCCUUCAGGCCGUGAUCUUCUUCCUCUACAAAUUUUGCAAGUCCAAGGACCGCAACUACCACACCCUUUGAAGCAGCCAUACUUUGAAUCACCGAACCCACCCCCAGCAACUAGAACCUUCCAGAGAAGACUCCCUCUACUCGGCACACACUCAUCACGACGGACUCAAACAGUGUUUUCAAGCAGGUUUUCGAGAUCUUUGAUGUUUGUUCCACUUCUGGUUUGUCAGAGCUGCUGUCGUAGUCUGUAUCGAGGCUCUGACGCAGGCCUGUUUGUAGGAUAAUUCACAAACUUGCACAGCUAAACAGAUCUCUGGUGAGAUGGCAUUUAAUCCUUGAGCAUAUGGAUUACAUCAUCUGGUUGCUACUCCCACCUCCUGCCAUUAGUCAUUCUGCAAAGACCGGUUUCCAGCAAGCUGAGGGGGCUUCGAGUUAUUUACCGCCCCUCUCCUCAUGAUUCGGCAAUUAAAUACACCACAUGAGAGUUAAAGAAUUACUCAUGUAUACAAAGUAGCUUUCCUGUUCCCGUUUCCUGUACACAGCUGCAAACUGGUAACAUUUUAUUUAAUCUUCAUUUGGAAACACUGUUUGAGUUCACAGCUGUUCUUAAAUUUGCCGAAUGCGAUGAUUCAGUUUUGCUUUUAGCCUGUUGAAUCGUGAGCAGGUUCCCUCUCCCUCAUGCAGCUGUAUUAUAUAUAUUUGUUCAAAGAUGAUGUAAAAGAGGCGGGGUUGCUUACAGCACGAGGGGAAUAAAAGCAAAACCAAAUCAUCUGAUCUGGAAAAAAGAAAAAAAAAAGAAAAGAGGCGUCUCCCUUGGCGUUUAGGAGUGCUGUGCGUUUUCUGCUGUUGACUUCCCUGUGGAAAUCUCUCAUCCAGUACUCGGUAUAAAAAUAUCAAAAAACCAACUGCCAGUGGAGCAGCUCAAUGCAAUAAAUUUCAUCUCCCAUCAUACUUUAAUCUCCCGAUCGUCAUUCCUGAUCAUUACCGACUUCAGCUCGGUUUGCUAACAUUGAGCUGGCCCCUUUUGGCCCCAUUUCUGUGGAGGAGUCAGUCAAAAAAAGGGGGGGGGCCUUUGGGUUGAAAUGAAAAGAUUGUAGAAUAUUUCAUAAAUAAGAAUAAUUUGUUUUAUUAAUGUAGAUAAUAGAGAGAAUGGGGAGAUGGCAUGCACCUUCUUGAUGUGGACAGUGAUAGCAGUGAAGUGCCUUUAUGUCCAGUAUGACUUAAAGCGAGACCUGGAAGAUUAUUUUCUUUGGAUCAAGGCUCGAGUGUUAUCAUUAGUUUAUGUUUCUAAGAAAGAAACAGUAUCGCGGUGCUGAUAUUGGUGAGACCCGUAGUAUCCCAGCUGGACUGAAGAGCCUUUUAUUGUUGAAGUACAGUAGAUAGUUGUCACUCGAGGGCCUUAAUCAGUCAAGAUUUAACUAUUUCCCUAUAAGUCGAGGACUAUAUUCAGUGGUCUUCUCACUGGUGACCUUGUGUAAGUGAAUAAUUUAAAGGUGCUCUCCUUUUUUGUAGAGCCCAGUACUGCUCCCAAAAUUUCCUCCCUCCUCACUUAUUUGUGCCAUUUGUUUAAAUUACGCUUGAUUUUAAAAAAACACGAGCGAUGACGUGGCAGGAAAUUCAGGACCACCGUUGGACGCUAUAAAUCUGUGAGCGCACCUUGUUCAAGUAAAAAGCAAAAAAAUAUUGGGCUUAAUUUGAAAACUUGAAUAUUGCAGAGAGUGCAUUUAGGUUAUAAUGUUGGACCGUUUGAGUGCCGGUUUGGUUAAAUGAGCAUUGAUUUCUGACUUUGCCGUGUGAAAUGAGAGGAUUGUGAAUGAAGUGCAGAACUGCAACAACUAAGUGGCCGUGCUAGAGUUCAUGUAAAGUUCUCUAAUUAGCUUGCUGCUAUUUGUGUGAAUUUUUUUUUCUCCCCCUCUUCCUUCCAUUUUGUCCCUCCUGUACAUAGCCAUGUCCUGUUUUUGUUUAUCUUCUUGGUUUCAACUUGAGGAAAAGCUAAAUGAAGGAGUGUUUAUCAGUACAUUUUGCUUGUAGCAGCUUGUCAGUGUCAAGAAUGUUUUGUUAAAAGCUUCUUUCUUUUCUUUCCUUUUUAUUGCAUGCUGGAUGCUUGGAAGUUGUGAUUUUUCCCUCCCAUUGCAUAUGCUCUUAAGGAUUUAAACUCACUUUAAAAACCACUUUGAUUAUUUGUGAUUAGCCCAUAUGCUAGCUGAAAGAAUGCCUUGAAACGGUGUGCAUUUAAGCCAAAGUCCUCAGUUUUGGCAUGGAAAUUGAGCAUUGCACAAUUGACAAGCUUUGUUUUGUAACUUUUGUCUUUGUAAAUGUUUUCAUGAUUCAGCCAAAAAAAAGAAACACACACAAAAAAAAAAAUCAGAUGCUUGUAUAAAUACUCAAGUCUUGAAUAGUAAUAGAUAAUGGAUGAAUAAUCACCAUGUUUUGUAUGACCACGAACAGUAAGAAACUCAUACAUUUUUGUUUUUUGGCUUGCAUAAUUUUCUGCUGCUCACUAUUAACACGCCUUUUUUUUAACCCAGUCACCUGGUGGCAUUAGGCUACAGCCCAAAGACCCGACUAUGGCGAGUAGGCUUCAGAGUUUUGCCUUAGCUGCAUCCAUCUGUACAUUCUCUGCAUGUGGAGAGCCUUUCGCCCCCAAAUUUAGAGAGAGAAAUAUUUGAGUUUUAUUCACAGCCGUCGAGCGCUACGCUGUGCAAACCACCGAAUCCAGUCAGAGUGCUCUCUGCGUUUUUGACAUGGUAGCUGCAUUCCUUAAGAACACAGCAUCACAUGUGGACGUCUCGGUGUGUCCAAACACCUCUGGUAGUCAUGGAUACCAAUAGAUGUGGCAUUGUGUUGCCUCUCUGCAGCUUCUCCUACAAGUUCCUAACUCAGUCUGUGCACCUCUUAAGGAAAAGUGCCUUAUUCAGUUAAUAUCUAUACAUCUAUAUCUAUAUAUAGAUAUAGAUCUAUAGUUGUAGUUUGUAAAAUAAUACGCCACACCUAUUAAAUAUCAAUGGGACUCAGCACUUUCAGACACUUGUGACGUGGUUUUCCGUGUUUGUAUUCUGCUUAAAUGUCUGUUCUGUCACGCUCAGCCUUAACUUCCUGAUCAAACCCACACAGCAUUCGCUAGUGAAUUUCAGUUGCAUUUAAGCACCUACAUUUUGCCCAAUCAUACAAUAGAUUUGUGGGUGUUUUUUUUUUUUUUUUUUUUUUUUAAAUGCUGCUGAAAUGGCUCCAACCAGCUAACUGACGGCAUUGUUUCCUGCUAGAUGAAGCCCGGUUUGUAGCCUGGACAACGUCUCACUAGCACGUUGUAAUAAAAACAACUUACCGGUCUUGUAACAAUAGCUACAGACUUCUAUUGUUCUCUGUUGCAACAUCUUCUCUGUAAUGCUAACAGUGACAUUUGGUUUGUAAUUUUCAAUUGUUGUAUUGAAUGACUUGUUUCUUUUUUUUUUUUCUGUCCAAUAGGAUUUUUCUAUUGAUUUGCUUGGUCAUGGAGGGCUCUCCUGUCAGUUUUCAGCCUUGCAGUGUUCAGUUCCAAGAGCAAUGAGUAAAAAAAGCUUUUUGAUU